AUCUCUACCUUUUAUUCAGAUUCCGAUACUAUAGAAGUAGGAAUUACAAAAAAAAAAACCAUGGAGGAGGUCUCGACGGAUCCGAUGGUUCCGGCUGUAAAACCCGACCCGAGAACAUCCACCGCUGGCGAGGCUGCUCACCGCUUCGAGGGCGAAGACGGUGGACACGGCGGCGGUUCGGAUAUCGGUGCGGCGGAACUGGACAAGGACCUGUUGUGUCCGAUUUGCAUGCAGAUAAUCAAGGACGCGUUCCUCACGGCAUGUGGACACAGCUUCUGCUACAUGUGUAUAAUCACUCACCUCCGGAACAAGAGCGAUUGCCCCUGUUGCGGCCAACACCUCACCAGCAAUCAGCUUUACCCUAACUUCCUUCUCGAUAAGCUUUUGAAGAAAACAUCAGCUUGUCAGGUGUUGAAAACUGCAUCGCCCCUGGAUCAGUUCCGGCAAGCACUACAAAGGGGUUGUGAUGUGUCAAUUAAGGAAGUGGACAACCUUCUGUCACUUCUAGCGGAGAAGAAAAGGAAGAUGGAACAGGAAGAGGCUGAGAGGAAUAUGCAGAUACUUUUGGACUUUCUGCAUUGUCUGAGGAAGCAGAAAGUUGAUGAACUGAAUGAGGUACAAACUGAUCUCCAGUAUAUUAAAGAGGACAUAAAUGCCGUUGAGAGACAUAGAAUAGAGUUAUACCGGGCAAGGGACAGGUACUCGGUGAAGUUACGGAUGCUUGGAGAUGAUCCAAGCACGAGAAAGGCAUGGCCAUCAUCAUUCGACAAGAACCACACUGGUUUCAUCUCUAAUUCUCUGAACAUGAGAGGAGGAAUUUCAUUAGGAAAUUAUCAAAACAAAAAGGUAGACGGUAAGGCUCAAGUAAGCUCUCAUGGACUCCAAAAGAAGGAUGCUUUAAGUGGGCCAGACAGUCAAUGUAUAAAUCAAUCAACUGUCUCUGUGGCUAGGAAAAAACGAAUUCAUUCUCAGUUCAAGGACCUACAAGAAUGUUAUCUGCAAAAGCGACGCCAAUUGUCAGACCAACCUCAUAUAAAGCAAGAACAUGAUAAAAGUGUAAUACAUAGGGAAGGCUAUAGUAAAGGCCUUGCAGAAUUUCAAUCUGUCUUGACUACCUUUACUCGCUACAGCCGUUUAAGAGUUAUAGCAGAAAUCCGGCAUGGGGAUAUAUUUCACUCUGCCAAUAUCGUCUCGAGCAUAGAGUUUGAUCGUGAUGAUGAACUAUUUGCCACUGCUGGUGUUUCUAGAUGUAUCAAGGUUUUCGAUUUCUCUUCGGUUGUUAAUGAACCAGCAGAUGUCCACUGUCCAGUCGUGGAGAUGUCAACACGUUCUAAACUUAGCUGUUUGAGUUGGAACAAACACGAGAAAAACCAUAUAGCAAGCAGUGAUUAUGAGGGGAUAGUAACUGUUUGGGAUGUAACUACUAGGCAGAGUCUCAUGGAAUAUGAAGAGCACGAAAAACGUGCUUGGAGUGUUGACUUUUCGCGGACAGAACCAUCAAUGCUUGUAUCUGGUAGUGAUGAUUGUAAGGUUAAAGUUUGGUGCACGAGGCAGGAAGCAAGUGUGAUUAACAUCGAUAUGAAAGCAAACAUAUGUUGUGUCAAGUACAAUCCCGGGUCUAGCAACUAUAUUGCGGUCGGGUCAGCCGAUCAUCACAUCCACUAUUAUGAUCUAAGAAACUUUAGCCAACCAGUCCAUGUCUUCAGCGGACACAAGAAAACAGUUUCGUACGUGAAGUUCUUGUCCAACAAUGAGCUCGCUUCUGCAUCCACCGACAGCACCCUACGUUUGUGGGAUGUCAAGGACAACUUGCCGGUACGAACAUUCAGAGGCCACACUAACGAGAAGAAUUUUGUGGGUCUGACCGUGAACAGCGAGUAUCUUGCGUGCGGGAGCGAGACAAACGAAGUAUACGUCUAUCACAAGGAAAUUACGAAUCCAGUAACAUGGCAUAGGUUCGGAGCAACCGAAAUGGACGAAGCGGAGGAAGAAGCGGGAUCUUACUUCAUCAGCGCUGUCUGCUGGAAGAGCGAUAGCCCGACAAUGUUGACGGCCAAUAGUCAAGGAACCAUCAAAGUUCUGGUACUCGCUGCUUAAUCCCUAUAACAAAAAAAAUAUCCCAUUUGCUGAAUUUGGAGAUAUAGGACGAGCAGAGACAGAGAGAGAGAAAUGAUUUAGCAGAUUCCGUGGAAUCUUUUAGAUUCGAAUGGAAUAUUCUGAGAGUCGUAGAUCACUUGUGAAAAUGGAACUCAAAAGUAUUGUCCCACUUGUAGAUUUUUUUGGCAUGUGUUCCUCCUCCGACCGUUGUUGUCGUGUUGUAAGUAACAGUUGGGGUUCAGCAUUGGUGAUAUCUAUAAAGUCUAGAAUCUGUUUUUUAAUUA